AUGGGAUAUAUCAAAGAUAUUCCAGCCCUCAAAGGAGACAACUACACUGGAUGGAAGGAAACGAUUGACCUGGCCUUCAUCUUGGCUGAGGUCGACUGGGUCACCUACACACCAUGUCCCACUGAGCCAGUGGAACCGGUGAGGGGAGCUGAAGAGACUGAUGCUGCAUGGGCAACAAGAGAAGGAAAGUAUGCAAGUGACAAAAUGAUCUUUGAUCUUCAAAAGAGACAGUGGGCCACUGCCAACAAGAAAUGUCUAGCAGUGGUAAAGAACACAAUUGAUCCCUCCAUAGUGGGGUCAAUUGGAGAGUGUGACACUAUUACAGAGUACCUUGAGAAAGUAAAGAGUCAGUUUCAUGGCUCUUCAAAGACAUAUGCUACUCAGCUGAUUAAGCAGCUGAUGACAGAAAGGUACUCUGGGCCUAGCAAUGACAAUGGCAUUAGAGAACACAUAUCAAAGAUGAACCAUCUAAACAACAAGCUUAAGCCAAUGGACUUAGAGCUCAAGGAAGAGUUCCUUGUUUAUGUGGUUUUUGCUUCGUUGCCAAAGGAGUUUGACACCUUUGUUGUCAACUACAACAUCCAGCCCGAGAAAUGGACCCUGGAGCGUUGUAUAGCGAUGUGUGUUCAAGAGGAAGAGAGGAUCAAGGACGCCAAUGGUGGCACCCUCAACUUUGUUAGAGAUAACAAAAGAAAGAAUGUCAAUGCCAAUGCUAGCUCUCCUUCAAAGGCAAAAGGCAAAGCACCCAUGCAUCAGCAGCCCUAG